CCUACCCACUCACGAGCAAGCCACCACACCACUUCCCCUCCAUGGAGCUCCCGUGUCCGGCACCUGCCCCGGCGACGCGCCUUCCCACCACCCCGGCGACGCCACCCCGGCGACGGCUGGCGGGGUCGCCGGCUUCCCACGCGCAUCCAAAUGAAGCGGCGGCUGUGGGAUCCACCGGAGGUCAGCGCCAAGGCCUUGAGACCGUGGCGGGGCUCGUCUUCUCGUUGCCGGAUCUAGCCGCCGGGGAGGCCAUAGCCGCGGUAGGGAGGUUGCGCGUCGACGACAACCACCUCCAGGUUUCUGCCGCUCCCCCCGACACGGGGCUGCGUCGACGGCGCCCGCGGCGGCGACGACCAUGUCCAGGCAUCUGCUGCUCCCUGGCGGCUGGCGUGGGGCUGCACUUCGACGACUUCCGCGGGGACGACGACCACCCCAGGCACUUGCGCUCCCCGACGUGGUCACGAACGCGAGCUGCCCUGCUCCCGCUGGGGUGCUUGGAGAUCAACACCGUUCUCCUAGUCAGUGCUUUGCUCGAUAUGCAUACUAGUCUUCCAGGACGGAAUGAGUUUUGAGAAGAAAAUAAAUGAUUUGCAGCUAUAUUUGAUCGGCUAUGUGCGCUGAAUUUCUGUAGUGAUGAAAGGGAUUUUUAGAGUU